AUGAAGAACCUAUUGAGUUAUAUACUACCGAUAUUAGUUCUUCUUGGUGUGGUGUUAUCAAAUGAACAAGCAACACCAGAAAAUAUUCAACAACCAUUACAUCAACAUGAAGAGAAACCAAGCCGUCAUUCAAACAAUUGGGCAGUUUUAGUGUCUACAUCUAGAUUUUGGUUUAAUUAUCGUCAUAUGGCAAAUGCUUUAAGUUUAUAUCGUACUGUUAAAAGAUUAGGUAUACCAGAUUCACAAAUUAUUUUGAUGUUGUCUGAUGAUAUUGCAUGUAAUCCAAGAAAUGCAUUUCCAGGAACAGUUUUCAAUAAUAUGGAUGAAGCUAUUGAUUUAUAUGGGGAAUCUAUUGAAGUUGAUUAUAGAGGAUAUGAAGUUACCGUUGAUAAUUUCAUGAGAUUAUUAACAGAUAGAUGGGAUUCGGAUCAACCUAGAUCAAAAAGAUUAUUAACUGAUGAAAAUUCAAAUAUUUUUAUUUAUUUAACAGGUCAUGGAGGUAAUGAAUUUUUAAAAUUUCAGGAUGCUGAAGAAAUUGGAGCUUAUGAUUUAAAAGAUGCAUUUAAUGUAAUGCAUCAACAGAAGAGAUAUAAUGAAAUUUUCUUCAUGAUUGAUACUUGUCAAGCAAAUACAAUGUAUGAAAGAAUUGAAGCUCCUAAUGUUUUGGCUGUUGGUUCAAGUGAAUUAGAUGAGAGUUCUUAUUCUCAUCAUAGUGAUAUGGAUAUUGGAGUUGCUGUCAUUGACAGAUUCACUUAUUAUACUUUAGAUUAUUUGGAAAAAAUUGACAGAGAUUCAAAAGAAACAAUGGAUAAAUUGUUUGCUGAAUAUACUUUUGAAAAUGUCCAUUCUCAUCCAGGUAUUAGAACUGAUUUGUUCAAGAGAAAUAUUAAUGAAGUCUUGUUGACUGAUUUCUUUGGUAAUGUUCAAAAUGUUGUUGUUGAUGAUGUUGAUACAGAAUUGUUAAAACAAGUUGAACAAGAUGAAGAAGCUAAAAGCAAAGGUAUAAAUAAAACUCAACAAACUAUUAUUAAACAAAAGGGUCCAAUUAAGUUCAGUUUUGAAUGUGAUGAAAAUUCAAACACUUUAAUUAAUCUUAGUUCCAAGCAAGCCAAAUUGUUUGGUAUGAUCUCGGUGGGAUUCUUUAUCGCCUUGUGGUUUGUUGCAUCCAAAUUUUAA